CAUUUGUUGAGCUUGGGAGGCUCUAAAUUAAAAGAAUUUUUAAGUUGCGGAUUAAAGCAAAUAAUGACUGAUGAACUUGUUUCGAAGUUUACGUGGAACCAAACGCAAGACACAUAUGGAAUUGGAAAUACCAAACUAUUUAAUGCUUUUUAUAACGCUGCCCGUAGUUGCCAUUUGUUUGCUGGUCCAGAAAAUAAGGAAACUUUUAAAAUGAAUAUGCAGGAUGUAUUAAAAAGCACAAAACAGAGGUUUAGGAAUAAAUUUAAGAAAGGAAAAAAAUCAAAUUCAACGGGUACCUUGCAAGAAAAAAUAUCAGAAAUUGAAAGUUUACUACACGAUUACCAAAAUGAUGGUGAUAAUGGAGAAGAGAGCGGUGUAGAUGAACGUGAGGUUUUCGAUGACGAAGUUGGUUUAGAUGAAGAUGCCGAUGAUGAGGGAGAUUAAAUGACAAUAUCCUUUUAACCGGGUUUUUAUUACUUGCUUAUAGUAAUUAUUUUUUGUUUCAUUUUUUAUUAUUACCUUCAAAGGGAAAAAUUUUAUUCUAUUGUUUUUAUCUAAUGAGUAAAGUGUAAAACAUUUGUCUCGUUUCAUUUAUGAACUGUAUUUUGUGAGACGCAAGCCAGCAGUUACUUUCGAACAGCCAGUUUAAUAAUUAUUUAAUUUUUUUAUAUAUUAAUAGAAAAUAAAAUUAUUUAAACAAGUUUUAUAAAAAUAAUUGAACUGGCGGCUAGAAAAUAAUGGCUAUAGUUUCAAGUUUAUUCGUGUUGCUUUGUAAUUGUGUAAACAAGUUUAAUUUAACAGGAAAUAUUUUAUUUUAUUGUUCUCAUCUAAUGUAUAAAAAGUUUAAAAUUUUGUCCGUUUUUA